UUUCCAGAGAGAGAGAGAGGAAGCCAUGGCAGGUGAGCUGAGAAUUGGCGCAACAGCCCUAAUCCUCGUCCUAUGUUUCUCGAUGUCCUGCCAUUUCUCGUUCGUCGCCGCUUCGUCUUCCCCUCAGGACAUCCAGAUCCUCAACGCCGAGCGCAGAAUUGACUUGACUUCUCACAUUAUCAAGGUCUUCUUAACGUUAAAGAUUGAAAAUACUGGGGAAUCUCCUGCUUCGGAAGUUCUUCUUGCAUUUCCGCCUACUGAGUUCGAUCAUUUGGCACUCAUUAAAGCAGCAGUGACUGCUGGAAAACAAAAGAAGAGGACUUAUCUGCCCCUUGAUGUGAAACCAACUGAACUACCCAAUGGGCCAAAUGGGGCCAAAUUUUUCAGUAUAUCUUUGCUCAAUCCGUUAAGCAAAGGUGAAACUGCAACAUUAGAAGUGCUGUAUGUGUUGACUCACUCUCUAGAGCCUUUCCCAGCAGAGAUAAGCCAGUCAGAGUCCCAGUUGGUCUACUAUCGUGAUAGUGCAUCAAUAUUGUCGCCCUAUUACAUCAAGCAACAGACAACUUUUCUUAGGACGCCUAGUAAUAAGGUGGAAUCUUUCACCAGAGUGGAAUCCACUAAUCGUGCUGGAACAGAGCUAAAGUAUGGGCCAUACAGUGAUCGUGCUCCCUAUUCAUUUUCUCCCAUCAUUGUCCAUUUUGAGAAUAACAAUGCAUUUGCUGUUGUUGAGGAGCUUGUACGUGAAGUGGAAAUAUCUCACUGGGGCAGCCUUCAGAUCACUGAGCAUUAUAAGCUGGUUCAUGCUGGUGCUCGUCACAAAGGUGUUUUUUCAAGGGUUGAAUAUCAGUCAAGGCCGUCUUUCAGUGGUGUCUCGUCAUUUAAGAAUCUUCUUGCGAGACUACCUCCUAGGGUUCACUCAGUCUACUACCGUGACAACAUAGGGAACAUCUCAUCAUCACAUUUACGAACAGACUAUCACAAGUCUGAACUUGAAAUUGAACCUAGGUAUCCUUUAUUUGGAGGUUGGAAAGCUACUUUUGUCAUUGGCUAUGGCCUACCAUUGCAAGAUUUCCUUUUUGAGUCACCUGAUGGGAGGAGAUACCUAAACUUCACUUUUGGUUGUCCUCUUGUUGAGACAGUGGUAGACAAGUUGACAAUCAAAGUUGUGCUGCCAGAGGGAUCGAAAGAUCCAUCUGUGGUUACUCCUUUUCCAGUGGAGCAGCGUCUGGAGACUAAAUAUUCAUACCUUGAUGUCAUUGGAAGGACAGUGAUGGUUCUUGAAAAGAAAAACGUAGUCCCUGAGCACAACUCCCCCUUCCAGGUUUACUACAGUUUCAACCCAAUUUUCAUGCUUGCGGAACCAUUGAUGUUGGCAAUAGCGUUCUUCUUAUGUUUCGUGGCUAGUGUAGCUUACAUCCACGUAGAUCUUUCCUUGAGCAAGUCAUGAACAUUUUUCUUAAAUCUUAAAGCUCAAAUGGUCAUCGCUUUCCACUUGCUUGGUUAUAUAAAGAGACUGACUGAACCAAAGGAGCCGGGGAACACUUUCUUAAGUGUACAUCGG